GUGAUUCACGUGAAUAUUGAAAAUUACAAACAGUUUGUAAUUUUACAGCAACAAUUAUUAUUCCAUAAUUUCCGUUUAAUAUGUGGCACAACAUAAAAGUACUUACACAGGACCCAUUCUAAUAUUUUGCUUAUUAUGUACCGCCGGAUUCCAAACUUCCGGUUACCUGACUUUAUACACUCGAAGCCCCUCCGGUCCAUCAUGUAAUAAACAUAAGAUCCAAGUAUACAGUACAUACUCCGUCAUACUCGUACAAAUCCGUUUACAACUUGACGUCCAACUGCAAAUUUUGAUCUUCACUUCUGGAAAACGUUACAACAGGAUUACAGGAUAUUUCCUUGCUUUGAUCCGAGUUUUAUGGAGUACGUAAUGGUUUUUGAUUGGCUUGGUUGCGCCUUCGAUUAUCCGUUGGUCGCCGGGCUCGCCGCCACCGAUUAGCUUUGGAGAACUUACCAGAAACGCAGGACUUCACUUUAAUACUGACUUACACCUUUGCGAUUAGAACAUACAACCGAUUUGCGGUCUACGCAGAAGUGCGAAGUAAUCGGCGUUUGGCUUGCGAAAUAUCUGUGGACGCACGCCUGUCAUGGCCUUCCGAAAUCCUUCCGUCUUAUGCUGCCACGCUCGUCUGGCUUGUUCGUGGAUCAGUCCAGUACUGGUGUGCAGGCGCAGCGCUCCCUUGCUGGCGAACAUCACUGCUUGUUCCACCACUUCCGCUGGUUUCCACACCGCACAGCAUCCGUGCCUUCGGGCUCCCGUGUCUGAUUCGCGGCAAGAGAUAAGCCCCGCACGAAAACAACUGCCGCCCAUUGAGCUAGGAUUCGGCAACCUGGUCUACCGGGGAUCGAUUUCCAAGCAAGUGGUGCUAGUGAAGUUGCUGUCUUUCGGUAGCAGUGCGUUGGGCUUCAUGGGCCAGCCGAUUAUUUUGCGCAAUGUGGAUUCUCUCCCAACGUGGGUGAAGGCGAUUUUGUUCUCUUUUUUCGGCUUCUUCAUCUACAUUACCCCGAUUCUGUUCCACCUCGUUGUCAAGCGUUAUGUGUUUCGGAUAUAUUAUGAUCCCUCGACGAAGUUGUUCACGGCGGUGACGACCAAGUUUAUUCCUUCGUGGAAGUACCUGACGUUUCCGCGAGAAGACGUGGAAGUGCCGCCUAUCGGAGGAGCUUUCACGACGAUAACGGUUAAGCAGGGGAACAAGAAGAUUCCGCUGUUUAUUAAUCCGGAGGAAUUUAUCGACAACGAAGUUUAUAAAUUGUUUAUGAGCUACGAUUUGCCCAUUGAUGUCAUAAGGAAGGAUAAAACUGAAACGGAUGCUGAGCAGAAAAGUUGAUGCUGUCAUUGUUAAUGAUUGUUGUGGUGACGCUCGCUGGUGUUUUCUCUCUGCAUACCGUACGUAGCUGUGUAACCUUUAUGCAUUUAUUGUACAGUACAAAGAGUACAGAGUAGCAUUUCUAAAAAAAUUGUUUUAUGACCAACUAAUACAGUGUGUUGACUACGCAUUUGCAUUCUGUUCGUUAGAAUGCGCCGAGGGUGAACUGAGCAGCUGCGUGAAUACUGAUGAAAUAAUUUGUCCUGUAA